AUGACGCUACUGAUCGUUGAGGUUGCCCAAAUCAUUCCCUACACCGGCUCAGACUCGGUCCAAAACUCGGCCAACUCGCUUACAUUGCCGUUGACUUUCUUCGAUCUACCAUGGCUAUUGAUGCAGGCACCCAAAAAAGUCUUCUUCUACAGACUCACCGAGUCGACUCGUGAGCAUUUCCACUCCUUUAUCCUCCCUAAUCUCAAACUCUCUCUUUCACUCGUCCUACGCAGCUAUCUCCCUCUCUCCGGCUGCCUCACCUGGAACCAAGACGAGCUGAAACCGAGGAUCGUCGUUUCUCAAAACGACGCCGUUUUGGUCACAAUCGCCGAGACCGACGCUGAUUUCUCUCUUCUCUCCGGCUAUGGUCAACGUCCAGCCUCCGAGUUACACACUUUGACACCGGAGUUGCCGUUUUCUGAUGACGCAGCGUCCGUUUUCUCUCUGCAAAUCACCUUGUUCCCGAACCAAGGUUUCUCCAUCGGCUACACAGCACACCAUGCCGUCUUAGACGGAAAAACGUUGAGCAUGUUCAUGAAAGCUUGGACUCACUUAUGCAAACAACACAUGGAAAACAGAGUCAUCUCUCUACCUGAGACUCUGACCCCGUCUCUUGAUCGGUCGUUGGUCGAAGAUCUAACCGGACUCGAUGAACAGAUGAUCGAGAUGGUUAGAUCUCUCAGAGAUGACAAAACCAACAUGAGAAGCCUAAGCCGGGGUCCCGCCAGAGAAAUCGAAUAUGACGACGUCCUGGCCACGCUUGUGCUGUCUCGAAAUGACGUCGAGAGACUCCGGGAACGAUGCAGGAGUCAAAAUGAUCGUAGUCAACUUCACAUGUCGACUUUCGUCAUCGCAUACGCCUACGUGUGGACCUGCUUUGUGAAGGCGCGUGGAGGAAACGGAGAGCGACUGGUGAGUUUACUUUUCUCGGGAGAUUUCAGAACGCGGUUACUCCCGCCUCUUCCGGCGACAUACUUCGGAAACUGCAUAGUUCCGGUGGCCUGCUACAAACGGAAGGCGACGGAUUUUACCGGAGAGAAAGGAUUCGUAACGACGGUAGAGAUCCUCAGCGAUUUGGUCAAAAGCUUGAGUUCACCAGGAAUGAUAGAGACGAUCCCAGAACGAUUCGCCAUUUCAUUCAAAUCCAUAGGUGAGAGCUCACAGUUCGGGACAGUAGCCGGCUCGAACCGGUUCGGAGUAUACGAGAUGGAUUUCGGGUGGGGAAGACCAGUUAAGGUUGAUGUUAUCUCCAUUAGAGGAGAUGAAAUCUCAAUGGCAGAGAGACGUGACGAAUCAGGUGGAGUUGAGAUCGGAAUGUGUAUGAACAAGACUGAAUUGGAUACUGUCUUUUCUUUUUUCAACAAUGGUUUACAAAACUAA